AUGGUAGCCUGGAAAUGGCCAGGAGUCAAUGACUUGGAAUACUUUGACGACAAAACCAGACGGAGUGUCGAUGACGACGGUGGUUUCCACCAUACCUGGUACGCGAUGAAGAUGGAGGCAAGUAAAUGUAACAUCAAGAGAUACAUUCGUCAAGUGCUGACAAACAUCCAGUACAUCCGGCAAUUCUUCAGCGACGACUUUUGGAAUUCACGAUACUUGAGAUUCGGAAGUGGCGCCUUUUCAGAUUUCGCAGCAGUUGGGAUACGAUAUACCGAUUCCGAUAACACCCCCAUGCCAAAGCGUAUCAAAACGAUUGGACUGGAGUUUGAGGCGGAUGAAUGGAUGCCGGAUGUGAAAGACCCAGGAAUUGUCUAUCGCGACAAAGUGAUUGAUUUUUCCAGUGGUAAAGAGAUCGCGAAGAAGGUGAAGACGGCAGAAGAGGUUUAUAUGGACGAACUGGCAAAGGCGUUCGUUGUGAAGGAUUUGAAGAAGCUGAAGACUGGGAUAAAGGACAGGAUGGGAAGCCCAGGAAAGAGUUCGCUGAAGAAAAAGUCGAAGAAGAAGACUGGAAAGAAGUAUUGA